CAAUGCCAAAGUUUGUUGCUUUAGAAUAGGAGAAUAUGUGGGCAGAGCCAAUUAUGGCUAUCUCAAAGACAACGUUUAAAGGCUUUUGUUGUGUGACUUGUGUGAGGUGUUUGUUUGGACGUCGAGAAGUCUCUGUUUGGCCCCAUGGUUUGUUAUACCCACUAACCUGAAUAAGAGAGUGUCCUAAUUCAACAACAGUCUACAAGAUUAUUCAAUAAGGCAAAAAAUCUUUGAUAGCCAAAAAAAAGAAUUGAAACUUUACCGUAAAUGUGUGAUCUUUUUGAAAUAUGAGGAAUGAAGUUAAUAAUAACAGAUCUAGACCGUCCAAUAGCUUCUUCUCUCCUUUAUUUUCAUAUCUUUUGUUUUGAUUUCCAUGCAUGAAUUGAACAACACAUACACACCGGGAGAGAUGGAGAAAGAGAGAGAAAAGAGAAGAAGAUAGUGUGUUUUGUUUGUUGAGUAGGAGGAAGGAAUAGAUCCAAAAAUGCAGCUGACCUUUUGAUUACUCGUGUUAGUAACAACACUUCUCUUUUCUUUUUUUCUUUUUUUUCUUUUUUCCUCCCAAACAAACAAACAAAAAUUAAAAAAAUCAAAACUUUAAAGAGGAUACUACAGUGGAAAUUACACAAAAAAAAAAAGCUUCUCCCCUGUUAUCUUAGCUUGAAGGUCGGAUCUUGUACUAAACUGUCACAUCCCUAAUUCUGUUGACAAAGAAAGAUUCAAACUUGCCUGCUUCUUUCUCUCUGUAGCAUUUGGGGAAUUUUACAGUUUUUUGUCGGUUUGUGCAGCAUUAGUUGUUUCAGAGAUAUUGAUUUUGAGUUGUCUAAGAGAAGAAGAUAUGGAUGAAGGGAAAGAGAAGAAGUUUGUGUGUAAGUUCUGUUACAAGACGUUUCCUUCUGGGAAAGCACUCGGUGGUCACAUUAGGAUCCACUCGAACGAGAAUUCAGUUGAUUCAGAUCGUUACAAUCGCGUCAAGAAGAAGAAGAGGUUGGUGGAUCAGAGAGAGAAGCAAGUUUGUUGCAAGAGAUGUCGUAAAAAGUUUGUUUCUUUGAAAGCUCUUAGAGCUCACAUGGUUUGUCACUGUGAGGGAGAGAAGAUGUUGCAGGGUAGCCAAUCUGAUACUGAUGAGUCUGAGACUUCCUCAGCUCCUUUGAGGAAAAGGUCCAGGAGGGUGAUGAUGGCUCAUAAACAUAAACAACAGUUUUUUUGCAAGAUAUGUGAUAAAGGGUUUGCUUCUUUGAAAGCUAUUAGCGCUCACAUGGCUUGUCACUCUGAGGGAGAGAAGAUGUUGAUUGAUGAUAGCCAAUCUGAUGAUACUGACUCUGAGACUUCCUCAGCUCUUAAAAGGUCCAAGAGAGUGAUGAGAAGAUCAAAUUCAGAAUCUUUUAGUAAUGGGAGCUUGUCUUUUGAUUCUGAUAUAGACCAAGAAGUUGGAGAGGGGGCUUAUUUGUUGAUGGUGUUGUCAAGAGGUUCUAGUUUCAAGAAAAGAUGUAACUUUGUGAUGAACUCUCUGGGUGAGUCAUCUGAAAACAACUCUGGGGUUGUUGAGACUAAGUCAUCUUCAGGAGAGGAGCUGAAGAUCUUAAAUGUGAAGAGUCAAGUUAUAGAGACAGAUGAUCAGUUGAGAUCUGCUAAUGAUAACGGUGUUAGUCUCUGUGAUUCAGAUGGCUCUGAUUCUGAUUACUUCAUGAAUGGUCCAAAGAAGUCGGAUUCAGACAUUUCAGUUGAGGGAUCUCUUAGGAACACAUUGCACAGGUUCAGGAAUAGUGGUAAGAAAGGAUCACUGUAUGAGCUGAGCAAAAGCAAAAGGGACUUGUGUUCUUAUGAAACUGAUUCAGGUGCAGACACAAACAGAAAGAUUCAUAGGUACAGAGAUAGUAAAUCUCCAGUGGUAAAGAAAGCAGGUGGUGAAAAGAAGACAAGUCACGAGUGCCCAAUUUGCUUCAGGGUGUUCAAAUCAGGCCAAGCUUUAGGUGGUCACAAGAGAUCACAUUCUUAUGAGAAUCAAGAACACAACCAAGUAUCUGAAAUCCGUAACCAAAUUAAUCUCAAUGCUCCUGCUUCAUAUAUUGAUCAAUGGAAUAAGAGAACCUGAAACUAGAACUCAUCAGGCUUAUUCUGUUCUCUCAGGUGUUUGUUUCCCCCCUCGUUUUUGCUUGUUUCCUUGCUCCACAUUUAAAAAAUUGCUCAAAGUUUGGAAGAUAGCUAGAUCAAGAAGUAUUUUUUGAUUUGUUCAUAUAAAGCUAUUCAUCAGUUAGAGCCAAUUCUUUGCUUUUAUGAAUUCAUCAAGUGUUGGAUGUAUAUAUCUUCAGCUUUCUAGGGACCUUUCCUGUUUCUUACAAUUAACUGAGA